AAGCCAACCCCCAACAAACAUGAUGUAUGCCGUCCUUCUUCUGGCGCUUGUGGCUACUGUGUUGGGUUUCACCAGCGGGCCGCCCGUGGGGUCAACUUAUCCUAAUCUCUGCACCGACAUGAUACCGACCGGUCACAACGGCGGGAUGAGUCGGGCCGAUGACACAGACAACCCGCCUUACACCAUCACCGCGUCGGCAGACGAGUACAUGAGGGGCAGCUCCUUGACAGUAACCAUCACUGGAACAGGUGGCAACCAAUUCGAGGGGUUUUUUAUCCAAGCACGUCGCGCAGAUCCUGCCCGGGACAACGACGUUGCCAUAGGAACGUUCUCCAGCCCGCCUGCUACUACGCAGCUCCUGACGUGCCACAAUGUGGAAAAUUCUGCCUGGGGGCAUUCUAACAGUAUGACUAGAUCGUCUAUUGAAGCGACAUGGACUGCUCCUGCGCAAGACGAAGGCCCCAUCAAGUUCAUGGCCACAAUUGUGAAAGGGGUACCAGACCGGGACUACUUUUACCUAAACGUCAUGUCCAGCCAAAUCAGCUUCAACGCCACUGGAGGCGUCACUGGGGCGCCCACUCAACAGCCGGUUACCCCGACGUCAGGCGUGGUUACUCCGACUUCAGGCGGACCCAGCCACUCUAGAUCUGUGUCCGUCACCCUGGCUCUCGUGGCUGCUCUGCUAGCCUCGUUUCUCAGCAUUCACAAGUACUAAAUCCAGCGACGUCACGAUACCAAGAUGAUGCCAAAUCGCUUAAGAUGCUUUUUUGUGCAUUAAUUUGUAGUAGUUUCAGUUGGUGUCGAAACAGCUUAUUACAGUUUUAGAAAGUAUACUCAGUACACGGUUUUGGCUGAGGCCGGCAGAGUAUUUCAUGCAAGUCAAUGGGAACUUGCUUAAGCCGUCAUACCUGUAGGCUUCCGUAGCCACAUGUGUAAUUACCGGCCGUAGCCAAAAUCUUUGGGCGGAGCCAUAGGUACUAUCCCUACUUUUAUUGGUGUGUCUAACGACAACUGAAGUGGUAUUAGGCAUUGUCCAAAUCCUGAGCCUGGAGCUAUAUGUCUUUGCCAGUUUCUGAUAUAUUGCGUGAAUACAGGCCUCAGUGGACGAAGCCGUAGCUGCGGAAGAUGGGUUUGAACAUGGCUUUAGUGAAUGCAUUUUGACUCGUCAAAUCAGGGCGUGAAAUUAGUGGGGAUUUUGUAAUGCUUGGAAUGACUCGUGCAAAUAACGUGUAGCCAUAAACUUAUAGGUUGAACGUCCAGCCAGGGGAUAUUUUGUUUGGAGAUUUUUUUUUUCACUUUGCUGUAGUCA